AUGUCCAAACAGAGGAGUUCAGCCAAGACUCUGAUCAUCACAGACGGUCAGUGCAGGUCUUCACUAACGCAGCUUUCAUGUUCUGCUUUGAUAUCAUGAAGUCUGAACUGUUGUUAUGAAGCUAUGGAGAUCACAUUUGCUUUACGUUUGAGCCGCUUAAUGACCCUCUUUCUAUCAAACUAGCCCACAUUACAAAAACUGAUCAGCAUCAAACAGCAGGGACCAUUUAUGUGCCCACCAGCGAGGAUUUGCAGGGGCGCGUCCAAACUUUUUGACUGGGGUGACCCAACAGGCAUUCCUAAACAUAGGGGGGCCAUACGUCCUCUUUUACCCGGACAUGUCUACUCUGUAGAGGCAGUGGACAAUUUUAAAUAUUUAGGUACCUUUAUUGACAGCAACCUUAAUUUCAGCCAUAACACUGACCACAUUUUUAAAUCUUGUAAUCAACGCCUCCAUCUAUUACGUAAGCUCAACUCCUUUGGAGUGAGUAAGAACAUCAUGGAGACAGUCUAUAAGGGCCUCAUAGAGGAAAUCUUAACCUUUAACAUGGCAGUGUGGUAUGGUAACCUAAACACAAAAGGCAGAUGUAUGCUGAAGAAAAUAGUGAAUCUAGCCUCUAAAAUCAUAGGAAAGACACAGAAGCACUUAAGCUGUACCUACAAGGAAAUGAUUAGGAAAAAAGCUGUUAAGAUAGAAAAUUAUCCUUCUCGCCCUCUGUACAGUGAGUUUGUUAUACUUUGUUCAGGCAGACAUUAUCAAGUACCUAAGGCAAAUCAUAACCUCUUGAAAAAAUCAUUCAUUCCUAACACCAUCAGGGCACUGAAUGAUAGUAGGCAUAUGUCUCGUUAGAUCUGCCUGUUUUGUACAGUAAAUGCCACUGUUGUCCUCCCUCUUUUUGCUGCCAAGAUGUUUUGUGUGUAUUUGUUAUGUGUCUGUUGCUGCUGUCCUUGUUGCUGUUGAUCUGUUUUUUUGUACACGAUGGGACUAAAGACAAAUUUCCACUGGACAAUAAACAAACUAACUAACUAUGUCCUCUUUUGGGGACAUAGGGUGUGUGUGUGUGUGUGUGUGUGUGUGUGUGUGUUUAUAAAAUCCUUAAAAUGUCUGGGGUUUUGUAUGGAAGCCCAUUGUUUUUUCACUGGCAGAUACGGGCUUCCAUAGUUUUGAGUUCGUGUAGCGUGUGCUUUAUCUUCACAUCACAGACCAUUGUAUUUACUAUACAGGUUCAAUGGUUCAUUUGGAAACACACUCUGAACGUGUAUUCAUUCAUUGUAAAACAGUGCAGCACAUCAGUGCUCUCUGCAGCUCUGCCCCUCUGCUCAGUUCUACACAAAGCCACUGACAUGAUGCACGCAUAGAGCGAAAGAAAAGGGAGAAAUAUUUGUAUAUGACUGAUAAUUUUGUUGAGGAGAAAUGCUUUAGAUAAAUAAUUGUCUUGUUUAUAAACGCAACUUUGUGUGAGUAGUUUUCAGUAUCUCUAAGAGGCCUGGUCAAGUGUCUUUUUGGGAAUUCAGAAUAUGCGUUCAACUGAGUUAAAAGACACUUGACCCGACCCAAAAAACCCUCAAAAUUUAGUGUCCUCAUUUUGGGGAUUCAGAAUAUAGUCACCCUACUAAACAUGCAGUGAUGGAGUGACACAAUGUAUAAGGGUCACUGUGGAUCUGAAGGUCAACUGUAUAAACCUUCACUUGAUGAUUAAAAAUAAUUGAUAUUUCAUCAGGUGAUAAAAAAAUAUAAUGAAACGAUUUCACAUUGAACAAAAACAUUUAAUGAAAUGCAAAAACAGUUUACAAAACAACAAAUUUAUGGAACAGUAACAUCUCAGAAAAAUACAAAAAAUAACAAAGAAUGAGAAAAAACAUUACAUGAAAUACUAAAAGUACUUAAUGACAUGCAAAAAUAUUACAAAAAAAUCCAAAACUUUAAAAGAGGGGGUAUUUUGAAUCUUCCUCUCUGAUGCCACUAUUUCAGAUUUAAAAAAAAUCUUUGGUUUUUCACUCUAGUAUAUUUAAAUAUCAUUAUUUCAGCCUUUGUCUAACACAGGUUUAAGCUGCUGUUGCUUUGCCAGAAGCACAGAUGACCUAGUAAGGAGAGCCUCUAACACAAGCAUUUGAAUCAGUUUUGCAUUUUCUUGCAGCGUCCUGUUUUGAGCAGUUUACAUCUAUUUUCUUAGAUUAUGCAGACUUUGCAGUUUUUUGUUGUAAAUGUUGAAAAGCAUAGUACCACCCCUUUAACUGAAUACAGAAAUAUUUCAUUAAAAAAAAAUAUUUCACAAAAGUUAAACAAAAAAAGAUAUUUUAUUCAACCAGAUAUGAAUUUUGUAUUUUUUUGUAAAAAAAAAAAAAUCAUUUUGUAAAAUUUUGUAAAAUAAAAUUUUGUAUCUAGAUAGAUAGAUAGAUAGAUAGAUAGAUAGAUAGAUAGAUAGAUAGAUCGAUAGAUAGAUUUCCCUCAAGAAAAUUAAAAUUCCAGUAGCAUCAAUAUUGAUGUACAGAAAAAAAGCAAAAUGGUCUAAUAAGUAAGAAAAAAAAGUAAUAGAUUAAAGAAAAAAGAUAUCAGAAACUUUAGAUAAAUGAAGUAUUUACAUAUAAAAAGUAAGAUAUAAAGGUAUGGACUUUUGCUAUUUUUGAUAUGGACAUUACAAUUACUACCACUACUACUGCUGCUCCCUCCCACCCUCUGCCCUCCUGUUACUCCUCCUUGUUCAGUUUGAUGGCAUGAGGGACAAAGGAGUUUUUCAGUUUGUUGGUCCUGCACUUGGUAACACUGAACAGGCUCCUCUGGUUGAUGAUGAAGGUGUACAGAGAGUGACUGGCAUUGUCCAUAAUGUCCAGUAGUUUGUCUAUAGCCGUCUUCUCUGUCACCAAAACCAGAGAGUCCAGCUUCAUGCUACCACGGACAGAUAAGACAUCCACAGGAGUUUGCAGCAGAUGUUGUGGUGUUCAUGGUGACCUUGACUGCAAAUUCUACAAAAUGUUAAUGAUGUUAAUGAUGCAAAUUGUAUGUAUUUACUUAUUCAUUUACUUAAUUACCUUCUUUCUUUUUUUUCUUUGUUUUGUUUAUGUAUUGAUUGACUUUAAUGAUUGAUUUUCAAGCAUUUUGCCUUUAUUUAGAGAAGACAGGUUAGUGGGUAGAGCAGGAGCAGGGUGAGAGAGCAGGGAGUGUCAGUCCGACCAUUCGACCAGCUUUACAGGCUGCUGCUGUACACCUGUGUCCAGAUAGUGAAUUUCAGCAUCUUCUAUUUAAAGGAUGGGAGCUUUUUCCGAGUGAUCAUCUUACAUUUACAUUAAAAUAUUAUCAGAUGUUGAUAUGAGGUGAUGUUUUUUUAAAUCCUGUAUGUCUGAGGUCCAAUUAAGCUGUAUAGUUCGUCCUGUGUGUAAUCUGGGAGGAUGUAUGAAUAAGAAGAACUUUAUUCAUGCUCGAGGGGAAAUUCGACACAGCCUGUGAUUGAACACUGGUACUAACUCAUCUGUAUCCCCCAGCAGAUGAGGAGUUGGACGCAGAGGAGCUGAACCCAUUCUCCUUUAAAGAGUUUCUGCGCUGGAAAAACCAGGACCACGAGGAGGACCAAAACCAACACCAGAACCUGGACAAUGAGCAGACACUGAGCAAGGUGUUAUACCUGCACAGAACGAGACAACAGAAGAAGACGUGCACAACAUUAACCAUCUCUCUUUGCCUGUCUGUCUUUAUUUUCAGUCGAGCGGUUAUCAGAGGCUGUUUGACGUUGGGAACGUGACCUUUGACCCUGAGGUUAGGAGCUGUUUCUUCUCGGAGCCCUCUUUGGCACCACAGGUGAAAUGACAUCAUUGCUGACAACAUCGUGUAAAAAACCCUGUUUAUUUAAAGCUCGCUCACUGAGACACUCAGUUGCAUCCCCAUUCUACAAUCCAUGUUUUUUUUAUUUUAAAGUCAGCUUGUUAUUGAUUAUUGAAACACUUAAUCAACUAAUCAGAUCAUAGAUUUGCUAUUUUACUUGGUGACUAUCAGGCUUUAAAAUUCACUACUCUUAAAAACUCAAAUGGGGCAAUUUUUAUCACUCUGUGACAGACUUCAAGAAUUUGAGGGUUUCAUCGUGCACAGUACAGGCCCUGAAACAGUCCUGACUGUAGUGGAACUCACUGCAUGGUUUUGAAACCUUCUCCAAAAAUCAUCGUCUCUGAACACAGUUUAUUACUGCCUCUACGAUUGCAGGUUUAGACUGUACUAUGCAAAGAGGAAACUAUGUAAAACACGAUCCAGGAACACCGGCCUCUUCCCUGGCCUGAGGAGAUGCUCCUGGACUUAAGAAAUUGUAGGACUUGAUGGCUUUGCAUUUACCACUGUCAUUUUCUACUUUAACUUAUUUUAGCACUGAUUUUUCUCUCGAUGACCAACCAUUGCAGCCUAAAUAAAUCCACAUCCGUCACAGUCAAACGUCUUUUUCUUUUUCCAACCAGGAAGAGGAGGAGGAGUGGGGGCGGAGCUUCCAGUCUGGAAUAGACAGCACCUCCUCCCUGUGCACAGAGGAGGAAGAAGACGAUGAAGAGGAGACUAGGUGAGUGAUGUCAGGCUGUCAAGAGUCAUUUUUUCAAUUUAAUCUGAUAUUUAAAAUUCACAGGACUUAUCAGGAUUGUUGUAAUCGGUAGGUUUGGUUUUUAGAAGCUGGACAAAGAUUGUGAGUUCUGAGUUUAACCACAGCUUCCCUUAACACCACACUCACCUCUGAAUAAAACCAGGUUCUCCUCGAAGCCAGAAAUCCAGCAGAAAGGAGGGGGAGAGAACUAUGAAGGAGACGAUGAGACCUCCAUCGCUGAACCAGUCUCCUCCUGCAGGAAGAAGAGCGUGAGAAUCAGUCAGAUACAGCAGGUAACUCACACAUUUAACCCUAGAACACUAUCACUAAAAUUAGAAACACCGUCACUAUCGUUGGGUGAUUUUUACCUGAAAUAAUAUACCCAAGAAAAAGUAAUUGUCAUCGAAACAUAUCAAAAUAGGACAAUACAUCAGGGAUUCUUGAGAGUCGGGACAAAACACUUCCUAAAAAACUUUUUUUGAGAAUGCACACUAUAUUGAUUAGAGUUAUUUAUUACUGUAGAGAAAGGUCUUAGCUAUUUAACCCCGUAAAGGAACAGGCUCCAAAUAAAAACAUUUUUUCUAUAAAUUAACAUGUUUCCCUUAGACAGUGAAUUUGUGUCAACUCCAUCAGACACACAAAAAAAGAAUAUAAUUUUAAUAAUUCUAGUCCAACAAGAAUCUAAAGUUCUGAUGUAUGUUGUAAUAGUGUUUAGUUACUCUGAUAUGCCAUGAAAUAUAAUAUAUAAACCUAAUGUGUGAUUUCACACUAUUUUGAAAACCAAGAUUUCUAAAUAGUUGUAUUUUCAAACUUUGUUUUUAAUUUUUAUAUUAUAAAAACAAUUUCUGUAAGUAAAUAAGACACAAGAGGAUGUAGCGCCAAUGCUCCUUUAUUGCUUAAACAAUAUAAACUGAAGAAACAAAUUUUUUUUUCUCCAAAAUUGAAGAAAAACAUAUAUCUGACGGUGUUGACGAACACCUGACGGAGUUGACGAGAAACUGACGGAGUUAAUGACAUUGCAUAUGUUAUUGAACAAAUGUGUUUUUAAACCGAUUGACAAUAGGUCAAUAGGUGAAAAUAGAUUAAGAACUAAUAACUCCUUGUUUUCAUACUGAACAUAACGUUAAUGCAAUUAACCACUGCGCCGACAAGGCGUUUCCAAGCACAUUUUCGUAUUUUGGUGAGUUGUGCAGCCCGGCAUAAGUAUCCCCCCUCCCCUAACUCAGCUCCUUCCAGCGGCGUAGGUCAUAGGGAGGGAGGAGAGAGGGCGUAGAGUGGGUUAAACACAGCCGAGACCUGUAUUGACCAAUAACAUCAGCUCUUCUCGCCUUUGAAUCCGCCACUAGUGAGGCGAAUUACCAUUUUCAUGAAGUAGUCAAAGAGAUCAAGAGAUGUCUGAAGACAGCAAUGCCACACGAUGGAGACAGAAGGCAGCUCCUUAACAAGUGUCACUGUAAGCGCUGCAUUGGGCGUCCUUCACACUGUCUCAUAUAAGCACAGAUGGAUUUGGUGUGUGUAAUGUUGGACCCACUGGUAAGACAAACACCCUUUUCCACAAAUAAAGACAAUCACAUUAAAUUGCAUAUAUUUAAACCUCACGUGACAAAGGUGGGUUGUGCGCAAAGGUCACAACAUAAAUUCUAAUAAUGGCAUUAAAAUCGGAACCAAUCUGUGUGUAAAUCGCGCUCCGUGGCCUGGCUCUUUCUUUCAUAGAUGUUGGCAUAUAAAAUAAAUUUGGCUCACAAAACUGAUUAUUAUAAUAUUUGUAUGUAGGCUUAAAGUAAAAAACUCAUCCGAUCACUGGAACAAAUCAUCUGUUCAGCUGCCGCAGCAGCAGCUGCAGCAGGACGGGUAGAGGACACGGAGACAUGUCCAGGUUGAGCUGCGCGAGAAAUAAGAGGAAGAGGAAGCUAGAAAUGGGGGCAGACAAAUUAAAUAUCUUGUUAACUUCAUAAUGCGUGUUUAUUUACUAGAUAUUUGAUUCAAUUUCAUGCGGAUUCAGCAGCUGUGUUAAUUUGGUCAGGUUGAGUGUCCAAACGCGUGCCAAAUGCGCUCAUCAGAUCAGAUAUAGAUCAGAAUAUAUCUAUAUAGAUCUAAAUGUAUGUGCUGACACAGAUUAUUAGUUGUUAUUGAUUAUUUAUUGCACGGAAAUGUUCCUGACACUGUGGAAACCUGCUGGUGAGGCCGAUAUGCCGCCGGUCUCCCAAAAUACCACUAGCCCAUCCGGAUCCACCUGUGCUGAAAGCUGACCAGGUUUGAAUCUGCAAGCUUUCAGCGCACUUUACACGCCGGCAACAAGUACGAAAAUGUCGCUGCACCAGCUGAUUCUGUGGACACCUCACCCUGCCACACAUCCACGCCCAGCCUGGCGGACCUCGGUGCACCUCAGUCCACGAAAAUACCAAACUGGCUGUACGCUGAGCUCCGCCAGACGAAAAUGCCACUGCGCGGGGUUCACCACCCUCCGCCAUGUCGCCGGUGGACACAAAAAUAGAGCCCAAGGUCUGAGGGUCCAAGUUAACAAUGUAAAAAUAAUAACCUUUUUCUUCUAUCUGGUAUCCCACCUACACUGGGGUUUAAAAGAGCAACAUAGAACUUCUUGCGCACUCUAUAAGAAGCCAGUGUGUAGAUUUUAGGUAGUGAAAAUUACAUACUGCACCUUUAGGAUUGGACAUUAAUCAAUCAAUCAAUGAGAUUAGGUGUGUGUGUGUGUGUGUGUGUGUGUGUGUGUGUGUGUGUGUGUGUGUGUGUGUGUGUGUGUGUGUGUGUGUGUGUGUGUGUGUGUGUGUGUGUGUGUGUGUGUGUGGGAAAGUUUGACAGUUAUAAUUAAGCAGACAGCCUGCCCAUGGUCUACUCUACAAAACAGAAGUAUAUGGUAAAAUAACGUAAUAUAUGCUAUAUAUGUACUUUUAUGUGCAGAUAAGACCCUGGAAUAACAUUGUUAUCCUUAACCAUGUUCAAAAAUAGCAUAAUGUCAGCACAUUAAGAGGUUAUAGCUGGAUUUGUCAACUCCAUCAGCUUACAUGUCAACUUCGUCAGACACAAAAUCUGACGGAGUUGACGCCUGACGGAGUUGACGUAAGGGCGUGUAUUUUCCCUCCAAAACAUUUAUUGUACAGUGCAGCUAGCUACUUUUUUGGCAGUUGCUAGCUGUCCUGAUAAUCUCACUAAAAUACUUUAAUUGAACUCACUAUGGUUUAAAAAAAAGUAUAAUAAUGGAGAGACGGUGUUGACAUGGUCCAGCUGUGACCAUAAAAAUAUUGACAUUGUUUCUCUAAAAUAUCAAAAACUGUAAAACCUACCAGACCAUGUGUGGUGGUGUUGCAUUCACCAGAAGCAGGAAAUGAAAAGGGGUCCCCAGGGAUAUAGCUGACCAUGAUAUUGCAUGAUUUAAUGAGGUUUAUAGAAUAAUCUGAUGGAGUUGACAGAAACUGAGGACACAACUUUGAUAGGCAGAUUUUUAGGCAAAAAGUUAUUUGAUGUUCAGGCCAUUCAUUGUUUAUAUAUUUAUAGCCCUGAAUUUUUAUUUGAUGUAUAUGUUUUCACAAUUAUAGAGUUUUUUAAAGUUUUUUGGGGCUGGUCAAUAUUGUGACCUCUUGCUGAGGACACAAGCAAUAACAUGGACCUUCUAACCACAGACGUUUCAUUUAAACAAAUAUCCCCCAAAAAAGUAAAUAUCUGUGCUAAAAAAUAGGAUUGGUAUACACAAAUCCAUUAGAUUUAACUUUUUGAGUAUGUCAAACAUUUAGAAUUUCUUAAUUGUUUUGAAUAAAUUAGACUUUUUUAUGUAGGACAUGUUUUGUCCCGACUCUCAAGAAUGGGUGACAUGACGAAUUAAAGUAGUUUCCUUUUUUUUUUAACUGUGCAAUGUCCAAAGGGAGGAAAAAAAGUGCCAUGAGGGGACUGUAUAAAAAUGCAACAAAAUAACUGAAAUCAGGCAUUCGUGAAUAAAAAAAAUUCCUUAAAAAAAUAGAAACUGUAAACUUGGUUUCUUUUCCACCCAUUCCUGGGGCAUAUGAGUCUUCCCUGGUGAACACUCAGGGUCUUUGGCACAAUAACAGCUGCAGGAGAGAGAACCAAAAUAUGGCAGAUUUUGAGUGAGUAAAAAUGACCAGGGGCCUCAUUUAUAAAACCUGGCGUAGGAUCCAUACUAAAAGUGUAUGUAAGUUGAAAAGCUGAAAAGUGCGUAGGCAAAAAAAAAAAUCUGAUUUAUAAAACCCUGCCUACGCACACCUGCACGCACUUUCCCUUUAUAAAUCACAGACAAGCUGGAAAGUUGCUCAGCAGGGAUUUGAUUCUUCCCCGCCCUUUCCACACCCAAAAUUCACCAUGUAUGGUCAUGCAAAUUACCUCAUGAAUGUGAUUUGCAUGUAGAUAAGCCUGGUGGAUCCACGGCAUUUCACGCUUAACCAUGGCAUCAGCAAGUCGUAGAAAAAGAAACUUUUCAGAGAUCGAGGUGGAGGUUCUUGUAAAUGAGGUGGCGGCGAGACGGGAGACCUUAUUCGGCGGCCAUUCGAGUGGCAUCACCAAUAAAAACGCCGUUGCCGUGGUGGCAAUUGCGGCUGGCACUGAGCGCAGCGUUGCCGAAACAGUGUUGUUUUCGUCAUAUUUCGUCAAAUAUUUUCGUCAACACCAGCGUCAAAAAGAAAUAUUUUCAUCAACGAGAACAACACUGGUUGUUUUUGUUGACGGAAAUAUUUCCCUUUUCUUCCACGACGAAGACGUAACGUUGACGAGCUAAACAUAAGUCGGAGAUGACUAAAAUGUGACGAGACGAAAGUGCGUUUACGUUGAUGGGACGAGACGAAAAUGAUGAACAGAGUUGCAAAACUCAGUCAGUUAAACGCUAAACAUAUAGGAGCAGCUUCUGUCCGCUCUGACAGCUCUCAUCAGCCUGCUGUGCUCCUCCAACACACAGACACACACGCACGCGCGCGCGCAAACACGUGAAGUUUUGUUUUCGUUGACGAUGACGUAGACGAAAACAAAACUGUGCCGAAAUCAAGAAGAAGUGGUCUGAUCUAAAGGUGGAGGCAAAGAAAAAAGUGGCUUUGCACCAUCAGAGCGUGGCGGCGACAGGUGAGAAUAAAAAAAAACAUGCACGUGUGACACUCGUGACACUUUUAACCACAGCUGUGUAAGACUAGCAGAUGGCAGCAUAUUCUCUCACACUGUUGUAUUUUAAUCUAAUCCCGUCUCACAUCAUGGGAUUUAAAGUCAGGAGGGAAAACUGCUAAUUGGACAAAGACUGAAAUAAAAACUAAAAUUAUGCUGUAUAGUUAGGGUAAGUUUGUAGCUUGUAAGUGUGAGCCAUAGUCCUCUGAGAUGAUCCAAACUCCCCUGUGUGUGACUCAGAUGAAGGAGGAGAACUUGGCCUUGAGGAGAACGAUCAGAGAGCUUCAGAAGAAAUCAGAGGUCAAUGACCGCAGGUGAGAACUAGCCAAUCACACAACAGCAUGUAUCUCAUUCAUAAGGCUGUUUACCCAUAAUGCCUAUUGUUUGACUCUCCUUUAUGUCAGGGUGUUGGAGCUCUCAGAGGAGCUGCUCCAGAGGAGACGUCAGGAGGAGAGGGAGGCUCAGGAUCUGGAGAGCAUGGUUCACUCUGUGGAGCAGAACCUCCACCUGAUGACGGUAUGUUCCACUGAGCAGCUCUGAACAUGCUGAGUUCUACAUUCAGAAUCAUACUGGGAGCUUUUCUACAGACAUACAUGUGGUCACAACAUCAAGAAAACCUCAGAGCAUCACACAGUUAAGUGCCAACACAUGACCUCACAGUGGAGGUGGAUUUCUCCACAUCCUGGGAUCACAUGGAAGUAGACGAGUUUGUGGAUUAAUGUCUGAUAAGUUAGUUAGUAAUAUAGAUAUAUGAGGGUGGAUUAAAUCGUGAGGCCGUGUCACAGUCUUGUUCCCACUGUAGAUGUAGAUUAACUUCCUCCAAGAGUCACUUAUCCACAGGAAUCAUGUGUGUAAAUGUCCACACAGUCAGGUAACUGCACCGGUUGCAGAGCACUGAUCUUAAAAUCUUUAAACUGAUGGUGUGCGUGUGUCUGUUACAGAAGCGAGCAGUAAAAGCAGAGAGCAGUGUUUCCAAACUGAAGGCCGAGCUGCAUCAGCUGCAGGUGGGGUUCAUAAAAACCUUACAUAAUUUUACUGUUAUAAUAGUUACCCAACCCAUACACGCUAUCACGACGUGUGAAUGUGUGUACAUGACAUUUCAGUUGGAGGUUGAAUCUUUGCGGUCGGAGAAUGACAGCCUGAAGGCAGCAGAGUCGGAGGUUGUCAUGACCAUGAGACACAAUGCUCAGGUGGCCUCUGAGUACCUGAACAAGACGGCGACGCAUGCCCACUCCUCCAUCCGGUCAGUACAUGUUUGAACCUCCUGUCAUCGCAUAAUUUUAGCGAUCAUGUAAUGAAGGUCCAGAGAAAUAGAGUGAAUUAUCAUUAUUAUUGCAGCUGCAGGGAAACUGAUAAUAAGCCUCCAAACUUUCCCACCUAUCUUUGUCUGUCUGUCUGCAGUCAGCUCCUGGGGGAAGCAGAGACGCUCCAUUUGGUCUCACAGCUGCUUCAGUCCAUCGACAAGAUCUCUCACAUCCAGCCAGAGUCCUGA